AGUGGUAUUAGUACAGUUAAACUGGACUACCCAGAAUCAUCUGUGCCUACAGGCUAAAGAGGCUUAUUUAAAUGAAGAAGGAAAGAGGAUUUCUCACAGUGCAGUGAACAAAAAUGAGCUCCGCAGAGGACCUUGAAUAUCCUCGUCUCUUAAUUCAGUACCAGAAUGGAUUUUUAAUAUCAAAGGUGAUGUUUGCUGCCUGUGAGCUGGGCGUAUUUGAUCUGCUGAGAGAGUCAGAAGAUCUCUUGACCUCGAAGGCCAUUGCAGAGCAGCUGGGCAGCAGCUUCCAGGGAAUGGAGAGGUUGCUAGAUGCCUGUGUGGGUUUAAAGCUGCUGAGAGCAGAAGUGAAAAAGGAAGGAGUAUUUUAUGGAAACACGGAAAUAUCAAAUCUCUACCUCACAAAAUCAAGCCCAAAGUCUCAGUAUCAUAACUUGAUGUACUAUUCCAAAACCAUCUAUUUGUGCUGGCACUACUUGACAGAUGCUGUGAGGGAGGGGAAAAACCAAUAUGAGAGAGCGUUUGGCAUUUCAUCAAAAGAUGUCUUCGAAGCACUUUACAGAUCAGAGGAAGAAAUGAUAAAAUUCAUGUUUGGAUUGAAUGCAAUUUGGAGCAUUUGUGGCAGAGAUGUGAUAGCUGCAUUUGACCUUUCUCCGUUCCCUGUGAUAUACGAUCUUGGAGGAGGCGCUGGUGCUUUAGCCCAGGAAUGUGUUUCACUAUAUCCAAACUGUUCAGUCACAAUUUUUGACCUGCCUAAAGUAGUACAGACAGCAAAGAAGCAUUUUGUGUCCUCUGAGGAACGGCGGAUCACUUUUCAUGAAGGAGAUUUUUUUGCAGACCCAGUUCCAGAAGCUGACCUGUAUAUUUUAGCAAGGAUCCUCCACGAUUGGGCAGAUGAGAAAUGUGUGCAGCUUCUCAAAAAGGUGCAGAAGGCUUGCAAAACUGGUGGCGGCGUUUUACUAGUCGAGACACUUCUGAAUGAAGACAGAAGCGGGCCUUUGGAAAGCCAGCUCUAUUCCAUUAAUAUGUUGGUUCAGACUGAAGGGAAAGAGCGGACCCCUGCAGAGUACAGCAGCCUCCUCACAGCAGCUGGCUUCAGGGAGAUUGAAAUCAAGAAAACUGGAAAGCUGUAUGAUGCCAUUUUAGGAAGAAAAUAAUAUAGUCUCUGCAGCUUUCUUAUCAGACGUGGCAAAUAAAGCAAGCAUAAUAAUGAUGGGGUUUGGUUUAAGUUAAAAAUAUCUACCCAACUCACAGUUGCAAUUAGAAUAUCAAUAGCAAUCUAAUAACUGUCAAAUGUUACAGUACUAAUUUAUUUAAUUGCAGCCUAGGGAAAGAGAGUGCCUGCUUGGCCUUUUCAGUCUAGAAUCCCUUUCAGCUUAAGCAUGCCUUACAGUCCACAGAGUGAAUAUUCGUAGGUAUGUUCUACUAGCCAUUGUUUUGGGCCACUGUGACGUCAUGUGAAGUGUAAAAAAAAAAUCAGUCAAGGAAUGCUAAUCUAGUGAGGGAAAUGAAAACAUUACACAGGUGCAGGGAGAUGUCUUAAGACAGAUGUAGAGGAGACGCAGGGUCAAUGAGAUGAUGGGUCAAGAGAGAGGGCUAGGAUAGAGUCAGUGGCCAGAGGACACUUAGCUCACAUGUUGUAAAGCAAAUUCCAAGUCUGCUAUGGUGUCUGGUAAAUGGUGGGGUAUGUUUUCUUGUGCAUUUCUGUGUGUGCAGUUGUUAAGCGGACUUUUGUAUUGCUGGCUUCAUGAUAGAAAUCCAGUCCCCAUGUCUCCUCCACUCUGGCUCCAAGGCCUCUUCCUGCAAAGAAUGAGACUUAAUUGUUUUG